UGCUUCACCAGGUAUAACUGCAACAAUAAAAUUACUUCAUUCGAAUCAUAGCGUAAUGUCUGGUACCACUAUCAAUGAAAACAAACGUACGAGAAAACUGUCGUAUAUUACUCCAGACGGCGGUUAUGGUUACGUUGUUGCUGCAGCUUUAAUGAUAUUUACAUGUGUAACAUUUGUGCCAAAUACCUGCUUUGGAUUGAUCUAUGGAUCCUAUUUGGCUCAAAUAGGUGAUGAAACAAGAUCUGUUACUACAGUCACAUCCUUCUUCAACACUGCAUUUCAUUUUUCUGGAAUCUUUACAAACCUUCUACUUCAAAAAUGUUCAGAGAGAACUGUGGCAUUGAUAGGAGCUUUGAUGAUUUUUGGGGCAAACUUAGGGACAAUAUUUGUAACCACUGUGGAACAUUUGGUUAUGACAUAUGCUGUAAUACAAGGAUUGGGGAUUGGAAUUUUCUUAGCAGCUAUACUAACAGUUUUUAAUUUGUAUUUCGACGAAAAGAAAAAAGUUGUCAUGGGCGUGGGCCAAUCUUUUACAGUUAUGAUCACAAUUUUUUAUCCAAUGUUCGUUAAGAAUUUAUUGGAUGCAUACGGUUUUCGAGGAACGGUAGCAAUUUUAGCAGCAAUUAGUUCGCAUGUUAUACUUGCGGCUGUAUCACUUCAUCCUGUUAAAAUGCAUAUGAAGAAAGUUGUUAUGACCGAUAUGGAAAUAGAAUUUGAUUUAAGGCAAGAAUGUUAA